AUGUACCUGGUUCACACGGCUCACUGGCAGUUCCUGGGCCUGACCUUAGGCUUUCUGGCGUGGAUCCUCACCAUGGUCACAGCCGGCCUCAACGAGUGGCGGCUGUGGCAUAUGGACGACGUGUCCGUCAUCACCUCGGGCGUGGCCUGGGUUGGUAUCUGGAAGGUGUGUUUCUACACACACGUCCUUCCACAGAUGGAGUUCUGUCGGCGCAUCAGCAUGUCAGACUCUUUUCUUCCAGUGGAGAUCCCUGUGGCUCAGGUGCUGAUGGCGCUGGCGGUGAUCUGCGGCCUGGCAGGAAGCAUCAGCGGCGGAGUGGCCAUGAGGAUGGUCUACUUCACAGUGGAGGAUCGAAGGAACAUCAGGCUGGUCUUCAUACUGACAGGGACCCUGUAUCUGUUUUCGGGGUCGUGCUCCUUGGUGCCGCUGGUGUGGAACAUGAACUCUGUGCUCAUCAACAGCACCAUAGACUUUCCUCCUGAGUAUUACCUCCCUGUGGUUCCUGUCAGGCAGCAGGUCGGCACAGCCAUCGGUGUGGGCAUCUUUGCCUCCAUCCUGAUGUUCAUCAGCGGCCUGAUGUUCCUCUGCUACAAGUAUGCCCGCCACACUCUGAGGUCAGUGGCCCCCAGAAGCACCAGCAACCCGCUCCGUGGUCCCUGGACAACCACGGCACAGAGGUCAAAUGGAGUCAACAAGGGCAGUGACAAUCCUGCAUUCCUCAGUGAAGAGGUCUCGUGUUAA